UUGUUGUAGUUCAAUAACAAGCGUGUAGUAGAAGCUGCAGGCGAGCAGAAGAAGAAACAAGAAGAAGCUGCAGGCAUUUCCGAUAUGGAUGAUCUGUAUUUGGACAAUAUUGACGAAUUCAUUAAUGAUCAGAAUAAGAUCGUUACCUACAAAUGGCUCAGUUUAACUCUUGGGGUUCACGUGAACACGGCCAAACAAAUGCUGUAUCAUUACUUGGAGAAGAAACGCAAGGAAAGUUCAGGAUGUCCUCUUCAUGCCACCUAUCUCAUAACUGGCAAAUGUGUUGAAAAUGGCAGCACGUGUCAUAAAGUCUCAGUAGUUCGCGAGGACAAGCUUGAGGCUGUCAAAGCAAAAAUGGAUAUUACCAUCAGCGUGCAUGUGUACAGUCUUCAGAGAGCAGAGCUUAAGGAUAGUGCUCCGCUUUACAGUACAGACUAUGAUGCUCUUAAGGAGAAUAUGAAGAACUGCAACAAGUACAGUGCUAUACGAUGUACUGCUGCAGUCCCCAUUUCUUCUGCAGAGCUUCAGCAGAGGGAGUUGGCUUCAGUCCCUCCAGCUCAGAAGGAAGCCAGUAAACCUGACCUAAAUGAAAACACUUCAGCUACCUCCAAAACCAGCGCUAAACAGCCCGCAGGCAUCAUGGGAAUGUUUGCGAGCAAAAGCACUCCUAAGAUCCAAGAAUCCAGCAAGGAAGUAAAAACAGAGCAGAAAGAUGAUUCUUCCGUGGUUGAAACAUCAAAAACCAAACCAACCUCUAAAACAAACCCCAUGAGUAACUUUUUCGGGAAGUCUGCCCAGAAAAAGGCAGAAGAAAAGCCCAACAAAAGCAUCAAAGAAGAAAAAGACGGAGCCACAACAUCAUCUGCUACCGAGAGCAAGAAGUCUCAGAAUUCUCCCAAGUCUGGAUGUGGCAUUAAGGAAGAACCAACCAAGGUGUCAAAGUCUUUUAAGAAUGAAUUCGAAGACACUUGCAAUAAAACGAAGCGGCCAGAGGUGCUGGACAGCGAUGAUGAGAACAUGGAGAGUCAGCAGAAAAAGAGACGUAGGAUAAAGAAGCCCCGGCCAGACAGCAGUGAUGAUGAGGUUGUGCCAGAUUCUCCACCUGUGCCUAAUGUACAGACACCCAGCCCCAAAAAACAAGUGAAAAGAGAGGCAGUUUCACAGAAAGAAGAGAGCUCGGAAGUGAAGAGGAGGAAAAGGAGGCGUGUUUUAAAGUCCACCACAUUUGUUGAUGAAGAAGGAGAAUUCGUGACUGAGAAAGGUUAUGUAAGCGAGUCUUACUCUGAGAGUGAAGAAUCUGAACCCAACAGUAAAGUCAAAGAGUCUGUCUCACUCAAGCAGUCAUUUGGAAAAAAGGAGGAUGUGAAUAAAGAAAAGAGCCAAAAGAAACCUGCAGCACCAUCUAACAAAGCAAGGAAGCAACCGUCCAUCAUGGGAUUUUUCCAGAAGAAAUGAUUUUUGCAUUCUUUGAACUUCAUAGCACUUGGUGGUCUGCAGUGAUGUACCUGCAUUUCACAUGAACCACAUGAGUUGAAUUAAAAGGCUCCAAAGAGAAAUCAACACUUCUACAUUUACAUGCUGAACUGACAGAUUUUUUUAACUUAAGUCAUACCUACCAACACUUGACUGUGUUUCUCUGAUGAUGCUGAACGUGUUUACUGGAAACUGCCCUUAUUUUACAAUUCAUGUUACAUAACAAUCAGAAGAUUGUCAGGCCUAUUUAGCUCUUUUCUUUGACAAUUUUUUGAAUGUUGCUGGAUAAUAAAUCACAAUUUAUAAUAAUUUUCCACCUGUAUUGUCUUUAAAGAAUAAUUAUUCAUUGUGACAUUUAUGCAUAGUAUGUGCAAUCCCCUGGGCUCAAACCCAUGACCACUGAGCUACAGGAGAGCUUAUUCAUAAAUAUCACGACCGAUUGAUUGAUAUGAAACUUUGCAAAAAACAAAUUUUUAUUCCUGAUUGGUUCCUAUAGGUCUUGGAUAUUUGUUUAACAUUAUUUGUUUUCGCCUCCGAGCAUCUUAUUUCAGCGUGACAUCAGUUUUUAAAAUCAUGUUAUAGUUGAUCCUGGAUAUUUUGACUUAUCAAAACAAAACCUACAGUGUUGGAAUGGCAUGCAUUUUGGAAUCAGUACAAGCUCCUCUGAUCCACUGCCAUAGACUUUCAGAUUGAGCAUUUUGUGCCAAACCAUCAUUCCCCAACAAACUCUUUUUAUCUUUUCAAAAGCGUUUUAAAAAGUGUCUGUUCGAGUCAUAGUUUUGUGCAGCCGAAUGCGAGCAGAACAAUGUGUUCUUAUUUGCAAUGUGCACGAUUUCAGUUUUAUUCUGCUUUCAUAUAUACUCAGAUGUGGUAUGCCUUUUCAGCCCAGGUG